CCACUGCGAAUAAAGUUGUUGUUCUGACAAGAUGGCGGCGCCCAGGGGGGCCAGGUCGUGCAGCCGGGAACCGGGUCUAGGGAGCCGCGGCCCCGAGCCUGGGAGCCGGUAAACCGCGUUCCGGGCCCCGGGGGGCUGCAGGUGAGGCCAGUUUGCUUUUGGAAGGAUGGCUUCUGCUUGGCAGAGACUGGGCUUUUAUGCCUCUUUCCUGAAAAAGCAGCUAAGUACCAAGCCCUGUGUCACCCACUCGGGAAGAGGAGCGACUCCAGGCUGUGUCCGAAGUAUUUACAGUGUCACCGGCGAAUGGACGAAGGAGUACACAGCCCAGACAAGGAAAGAUGUUGAGGGGUGGUGGCGUCAACGGAUCCAAGAGCCAAGCUCCAGCAGCUUGGAGGCUGACAAAUCAAAACCCAAAUUCUACGUGCUCUCCAUGUUCCCGUACCCUUCCGGCAAGCUGCACAUGGGCCACGUGCGCGUGUACACCAUCAGUGACACCAUCGCUCGGUUCCAGAAGAUGAGAGGCAUGCAGGUCAUCCACCCCAUGGGGUGGGACGCCUUCGGACUUCCUGCUGAAAACGCCGCCAUUGAGAGGAACCUGCAUCCGGAAAGCUGGACACACAGUAACAUUAGACACAUGAGGACCCAGCUGGAUCAACUGGGCCUGUGCUUCAACUGGGAAAGGGAGGUAACGACAUGUUUACCAGAAUACUACAAAUGGACCCAGCAUCUCUUUAUCAAGCUCUACGAAGCUGGACUGGCCUAUCAAAAAGAGGCCUUGGUGAACUGGGACCCAGUGGACCAAACGGUGCUGGCCAACGAGCAAGUGGACGAGCAGGGCUGUUCAUGGCGCUCAGGAGCAAGAGUGGAGCAGAGGUACCUCAAGCAGUGGUUUAUCAAGACGACCGCUUACGCAAAGGCCAUGCAGGACGCGCUGGCAGACCUGCCGGAGUGGUACGGAGUCAAAGGCAUGCAGGCCCACUGGAUUGGAGACUGUGUGGGCUGCCACCUGGACUUCACCUUACAGGUGGACGGGCGGGUCACGGGAGAAAGGCUGAGCGCCUACACGGCCACCCCCGAGGCCGUGUACGGCUCUUCCCACGUGGCCGUGUCUCCCAGCCACAGCCUCCUGCACGGGAACAGCUCUCUGAAGGAGGCCUUUCGGAAGGCCCUCGUCCCUGGCAGAGACUGCCUCACGCCCGUGACGGCUGUGAACAUGCUCACCCGGCAGGAGGUGCCUGUGGUCAUCAUGGCCAGCGGCGACUUGGAGGGCUCUCUGGACUCAAGAAUAGGAAUUCCCAGCACCAGCCCUGAGGAUGCCAUCCUAGCCCAGACCCUGGGCCUACCCUAUUCUGCAGUCAUUGAGACUUUGCCCGACGGCACGGAGAGACUGAGCAACUCUGCUGAGUUCACAGGUCUCAGCCGCCACGACGCGUUUCUAGCCGUGACUCAGAAAGCCCGGAGGGAGAGAGUGGGAGGAGACGUGACAAGCUGCAGGCUGAAGGACUGGCUCGUCUCCCGGCAGCGCUACUGGGGCACACCGAUCCCCAUGGUCCACUGCCCGGCCUGCGGCCCCGUGCCCGUGCCCCUGGACGACCUGCCCGUGACCCUGCCCAGAAUCGCGUCUUUCACCGGCAGAGGGGGCUCCCCACUGGCCCAGGCUUCCGAGUGGGUGAACUGCUCCUGCCCGAGGUGCAAAGGAGCAGCCAAAAGAGAGACAGACACCAUGGACACCUUUGUUGACUCGGCCUGGUACUAUUUCAGAUACACGGACCCUCAGAACACUCACAGCCCUUUCAGCCCAGCGCUGGCAGACUACUGGCUCCCCGUGGACCUGUACGUCGGGGGCAAGGAGCACGCUGUCAUGCACUUGUUCUACGCCAGAUUCUUCAGUCACUUCUGCCACGGCCAGAAAAUGGUCAGACACAGAGAGCCUUUUCACAAGCUGCUGGCCCAGGGCCUAAUCAAGGGGCAGACGUACCGCCUGCCAUCCGGACGUUACCUCCAGAGAGAGGAAGUAGAUCUCACAGGCCCCGUCCCUGUCCACGCGCAGACCAGGGAGAAGCUGGAGGUGACGUGGGAGAAGAUGAGCAAGUCCAAGCACAACGGGGUGGACCCCGAGGAGGCGGUGCGCCGCUAUGGCCUGGACACCAUCCGCCUCUACAUCCUGUUCGCCGCCCCUCCGGAGAAGGACAUCUUGUGGGACUUGAAGACCGACGCCCUCCCGGGGGUCCUGAGGUGGCAGCAGCGCCUUUGGUCCUUGACCACCCGCCUGAUUGAGGCCAGGGCUUCGGAGGAGCCCCCCAGGCCUCAGGAGCUGAGUGACGAGGAGAGGGCCGAAGCCAGGAGGCUCUGGAAGUACAAGAACUCGGUCAUCACCCAGGUGACCUCUCAUUUCACAGAGGACUUCUCACUGAACUCCGCGAUCUCUCAGCUGAUGGGACUCAGUGGUGCCCUCUCGCAAGCUCCUCAGAGACUCGUGCAGCACAGCCCCGAGUUUGAGGACGCCCUGUGUGCCCUUGUGGUGAUGACGGCCCCCAUGGCCCCGCACGUAACAUCGGAGCUCUGGGCAGGCCUGGCGCAGAUGCCGCGCAAGCUGUGUGUCCACUACGCCUGGGACGCGGACGUGCUGCUCCAGCAGUGGCCGGCCGUGGACUCCCGGUUCCUGCAGCCGCCGGACGUGGUGCAGAUGGCCGUGCUGAUCAACAACAAAGCCUGUGGUAAAAUCCCAGUGCCCCAGGACGUCGCCCGGGACCAGGAGAAAGUCCAUGAACUUGUGCUGCAAAGUGAACUGGGUGCCAGGCUCCUGCAGGGCCGAAACAUCAAGAAGGCCUUCCUCUCCCCCAGAACCGCCCUCAUCAACUUCCUGGUGCAGGAGUGACUGCAGGGGGGGCCGCAGGCCCCCCCUCAAGGAUCUCGGAGGGGCGUCCACCGGCCCAGGGGAAGGGCAAAGACAAAACUGACUGAAAUGUCGGCUGGCGUCGCCAGGGUCCCUCUGUGGUGUGGCCUGGUGCAGGGUGAGGGUGGGGCGGGCAGAGGGCGGGGAUCAGGCUGCCUGUCCCCAUCUCAGAGAUGCUGCUGGGGGCAGGAGGGAGGAGCCCAGGCACAUGGGGUUGAGGGUGCUGCUGGAGUCCCGGAAGCCGUUGGGAGUCUCUGGAACAUGCGCCUGAACUGAGCAGCUGCGUCGGUGGCCGGUCUCCCAGCUGCCGGGCUCGAUGGAGGGUGCUGGGUAAUGCCCAGAUGUCCGGUACGUGCGCUGGCCAGCGGGACCUUCCCAAAUUGCUCAGAGUCAAAGGCAGGAGGUGCUGGCCCUCCAGAGGCGAAGUGCUGGCU